AUGACAGACUCGAUAACGGUUGACGAUGCCUUUGUAAACGAACUAGUUACAUUCUUGGAUUCUGAUACGCUGGUGCUCUCUGGGAUCGAGCGCUCAAUUGAAUCAAAUCAAGUCGCCUUAGACAGCGGGUACUCCUUCGACGUGCUGAUUGCUAGUGAUCCUCGGUUUGACAGUGCAUCAGGGAGCUGUUGCAGUAAUGGCAACGAGAAUGACGCAGCAGUCAAAACCAUUUUGCGCGAGAAGGAGACCAAGCGACGUCGAAUUUACCGCCAGAAGCUAAAAGACGAGCGAGACACGUUACAGGCCCAAGUCGUGGGGUUGACAUUGGCGCUGGAUAAGUUGAAACAAGCUGCACGGGAUCGCAAGGUCAUGCAAGAGAAGGCAGAACAACUGAUGUAUGGAGACAAAUGCUACGCUGGCAAGUGGAAAACACUUGCUGUGUGGGAGUGGGAGUCGCUAUGUCAGGCUCAGGAUGAGCAGAAGCGCCUUCAAGCCGCCAUCACCACCCACACAAAACUCGUCAAGGACCUCCAGAAAGUUAUUUACAAGAGGAUCACGAAGACCGACCAUGAAAGUCCUAUUCUAUCCCAAAUACCAACGAUGGAACCUCCGGAUGGUGUCAUAUAUGACGCCUACAUUCAAGAGUUGGACUUAAACUAUACUCAAAUCGAUGCUGUGUACCGUUCCUUGGACAUCAACUCGAUGGCCCAGGAUAUAACGAAUCUCGUGAAAAUGAAUCCGGCAGACGGUUGUAUGAACGAAUUACUACACGUGAAUAAGAGGGUCCUUCCCUUUGCCUUCCUGUCGACGUGCCAAAUGUUCUGGAAUCUAGCAGGUCUGGCACACCGACAACUCGAUCGAGUAUCGUACGGAGAUAUGGAGGAACCGGAGAAUACCAUAGCAUUCAAGUUUCGCAUUUCAACUAUGAUGGACACAGGCGCCAUUGUCUCGAUGCGGAAACGUUUUGUUGCGCGCCGGUACUUCAAAUCCGAUUGCUUCGUGUAUAUCUGGAAAAUCUUUGUCGAGGGUGAAGGAGUCUUUAAGGGAUUGCAUUCCGAAGAAUCAGGUUGGUGUCGCCUUCAGCCGUCUGCUUCUCAGGGCUGAAAGGAAACAGACUGCAAAACACUUUGAAGACAUUCUACGAGGCUCUGUCAAUGAAGAUCAACAGAUUUUUAUGCACGGUCUUGAGAAACUCAAGGUAGACAACGGUGGUGCAUUUUGCUGUUGAUGAAGCCAAUUCACUGAAUAUGAUACAUCUUGUGCUACUAGCUUGAGUGCGUGGCUUCAACUUCAUAGCUGUCGAAUAUACGUUGCGCAUUUUAGACCGCCGACCUAGUGCUCCAAACACAUUGAUACAUGAUGUUCCGUCAAACUCUAUGUGUUUUCUUUAAAAGAUUUUUAACUAAAGUG